UAAUGUGCCUUUUCAAAACAUCAGGAGACAACUAAAAGUACUUUUUUCUUCUCUAUACUCAACAUUGAUGUAUUGCAUCAAAACUUUGUCUGAUGUUACCUUAUCCCAGUUAACGUUUCAAAAGCACGUUACAAUAAGAUUAGCGAGUAUUUAUUUCUAUAUAGAUAAGAAGAAAGCAAAUGAUAAGCGCAAUAAAUUAUAUAACCUUAUAUUACGUUAUAUCUAUGUAUAAAUAAUAAAACUUAAAUCUUUCCUAUCCAAAGAUUCUAUCAUAAACACCGCUUCCCAACCGAACAGAAGAAAGAAACACACCUGGAUUUUGGAACAGGUCAUUCCGACUUGUGAUAUAAAAGAACUGAUCAUCAAGUUCUAUUAAAAAGCCUAGGUACUUGAUCGACAAUUCUUUUCAAAACAAAAACAUAAAUGUACCGUCCAAAUGAUCUGAUAACUAACUAUACGAGCGGUUAGUGUGCUUUCUUUCAUGACUCAAGCAUAGUACCAUAAUCUCGUUUCAUUUAUCAGCAAUAAUAAUGAUCAUAAAAGCACUAUUAAAAUCGAUAAAUUUUAUGCUUUAUGCAUGAAGAAUGAACGCACGUCAUUUAUACCUGUAAUUUUAAAUGUACUGUAAUUUUUAUUUUAAUCUUUUAUUAAGAGACUUAAGCAACAAUAUUUAUGAUUGUUAGAGAUUUAUGAUGAUAUAUUUUAAUAUUAUGUUUUGUUCUACUUCUAUAAAAGGUUUACAGAAAGUCGAACAACAUUUCACUAUUUUAUCUCCCAAAAUAAAAACAAAACAACAACUGACGGUAUGACAGGUUUAAAUUCAUUAUUUGUUGUUCUUCUUCUUGCUCUGUUAGCUUGCGUUCAUACAAAUGUUGUUCUUGAGCAAUUGCCAACGGCUGCAGAUGAAGAAGUUAGUGAUGCAGAUUUAGUUAAACUAUUUGGAAAUAAUCGAAAAUUAUCUGACUGUACAAACUGGCACAAAAAAGAACCAGAUCCAAGUGCAAUAUUAAUGCAAGUACGAAAAUCGCCCUGUCGCUGUCCUCCGUCAUUCCCGAAAUCCUUUCAUGAUGGUACUGAUGAAUGGACAACUGAUCCUGGUUGUGAUGCUUCUAAACAGCCAAAUACAUGUUCGUAUCAUAUUGGUGCCCAUGGGUGUUAUCGUCACACAUAUACAUCCAAAGGUCCCGGAACUCAGGCUUGCUAUGACAAAAACGGUGAUUGGAUUGCUGAUCCACGCAAAGGUGCUGGUACUUUGGACAAAUACAAUGCUGUUAAUCAAAAUCUUUUUCAUCUGCUCAAUCAUUAUAACCAUGAUGUUGUUCCAUGGAAUAAUUGUUGCGACGACGCAUCGUUACCAGAAAACAUAUGUGACCUUUAUUAUGAAAAACGACCACCUGGUGAGUGCCAACAUUAUCGGUUUUGA